GCUGGGCUGAAGGAGGUCGGGAGGUUUAGCCAUGCCUGAGGAAAUCCGAAAGAUACGGGGCAAGUGGGUAAUCACUUGGGUAAACUCCCGGAAGCCCUUGUCCAGGCUGGACGAGCCAGUGAACAGCUCUGAAAUGAAGAUGGAGGAAGAGAGCUCAGAUGAGGAGGAGCAAAAGGAAGCAGAGAACAGGCAGAAGGUCAUUGACGAAGUGCUAUCAGCGCUGGAGCAGCGUUCCAAAAGACAUAGGGGGCAGAAUCCCAGCGGACACCUGGAGCAGAGUGCCCACAGAUGCCGCAAGCGCCCGGUGGUGGUGCUCCCCUAUAGAGGGAAGAAGAGGAGGGAAGAAGAGCACCAGCCUGAGGAGAAGCCUGUGUUUCAGGGUCCACCCCCUGAGUGGACAGCGGAGGAGGCCAAGCCCACAGGAGCCCUGACCGGAGGGACUCCAGGGGCUAUGCAGAAGAUACUCCAAGGAGCAGUCAGCACAACAGUCAUGGGAGCAGUCAAGGGAGCAGUCCGGGCAGCAGUCCGGGGAGCUGUCCGGGGAGCUGUCCGGGGAGCUGUCAGGGGAGUGGCCAGGGGAGUGGCCAGGUGGACAUCAAGGAGAUCAAAUCUGGACAAUAAAGCUCCAGGGAGAUGCUAA